AUGGGAAUUGUAUUUAGUGCACUAAAAACUUGUUAUAACUUCUAUACGAGUGCAAAGGAACCAGUUUUGAAGCUGAUAGAUCCGGUCUUCCACCACCACAAAAUUAAAAUAUAUGCCAUGGAUCUAAGAAAUACAGAGCUGCCACUGGAAGAAAGAGCCAAGGCUGCAUUAUAUAUAGGCCUACUGGCUUAUACAGGUGGUGUUGGUGCUGGAAAUAUUUCUACACAAUAUAUUCAGGACAUGGUUGAUAUUUUGAUUAUGCCAGAUACAUCCACCAAAGUCAGAAUCUUAGUUUUAAAAGGACUAUCUAGUGUAUGCUACAUUAACCCUGUAAACCAAAAUGAAGCCAAAGCUCACCACCUUCCCGAAAUUAUGCUUUCCUAUCUUGAAGAAGAUGAAGACUCUGCAGAAGCGGAUCCAGAUGUAGUUCUAGUGAAGUUCUGGGUUUGUUAUCUUAUGACUGUUGUCUGCUGUAAUAAUAUGUCUUAUAUUAGGUUAUUUCAUGAAAUUGGUGGUCAAACACUAGAGAAAAGGCUGGAAUAUCUCUCUAAUAUGGAAUGGUUUGGCUGGCCCCAAAACUAUGCUACCUUAAUGUACAUCUUUAUGGGAUAUCCAAGCCCGGAAGCAUACAAAUAGAAUUACAGGAAUAUGUGUUAGAACAAAUAAUUCUGCUGCUGAGAAGCACUAGGUCUUUCUUACUUCAAAUAUUUUGACACAAUAAAAUUACUGCUUAGUGUUUAAAUUUAUGUUUAAUUCUAAGAUGUAUUCAACCAAUAAAGAAUUAAAAAAGGAUAAACAUCCAUAGUUAAACUCAACAGAACAUUUCUUUCUGCCUGGAUGUUCAAUUUAUUAGCCUAGCAUCUAACCCUGAUAUCUCCUAGCGGGUCUUUCGAGAACUAUUCACAUUGAAGUCCCCUUAGCUAUUUUUGAAUUCAACCAAGAUUGGCUAGGUGAUGGCCCCUGCUUUCAUUUUGCUACAUGCUAUCAAUCUGAAGAAAUGCUUUGUGAAAAUGGUUUUAAGAACAAUAAAAAUGGUUUUAAGAAUAAACAGAAUUCAAAAUACAAAUAAACUGUUAUACAUAUAACACCUCAUGCGCUGUUAGUUGAAAAUUAUUGAAAACUAUUAGGAAUCCCGUUAAGCUAAACAUUUGAUAAUCCAUAAUUGGUCUUAGAUUGGGAAGAAGUCUUACCAUUUGUAGAGAAGAUAGUUUCAGUUUGAUUGACUGAGGUGAUGGGGCUGUAGAUUACUUUAGCAGGGGAAUACCCAGUUGGAAACGGCUGUAAUCCCUAUCCCAUGUAGUCCAAACUUCAGAAUAAAACAAUUUUUAAAAGUUUUGUCUAGUAAGUAAAAAAAUGAGAUCCACAGCAGAAAAGUAACUUUAAUAAAACUAAUCAAAAUGGCACAAUAAGCAGCUCUCAAAUUUUCUUGAAAUCUUUAUCAAGUUACAAAAAUCAGAAACAAGGCAAAAAAACAGGUCAGAUGUACAGAUUAAACAUUUAUGCAAAGUGAAGUGGCCAGGGCAGUUCAUUUCCCUGUGAAACGAUUAAUCUAUCCAGCUAAAUAUAACCCAGUGGAAUUAAAUAUGUUCUCUUAUACUGCACUAAUUUUAUAAAGAUUUAACAAUACUUAGAAACAAAACAUGGUAGUUUUCUUCCAAAUACUGUCUAUUCCAGUGGUGGCGAACCUGUGGCAUGCGUACUAGAGGUUGGCACACAGAGCCCUCUGUGAGCACACGCAUGCCAUCGCCCCAACUCAGCUCCACUGUGUUUUUCCAUGGCGUUUCUCUUCAUCAUUUCCAGGGAACAGAAGUUUCCCUGCAAAUGAUGAAACAGAAGCUCACAAAAGAAAAAGAUCUCACCUCUUCAGAGCUGCCGCUGUUGGGAUGCCUCGCCUCCCACUGGCCAGCUGGUCUUUGGAUGUCUACUGCGCAUGCGCUCGCGUGCCUUGCAGUUUGGGCAUGCACGCACACACUUUGGGCCCUUGGUGUCUAAAAUGUUCGCCAUCAUUUUGUCUAUUCCAUUCACAGGGCUAAUUAGAGGGUAAGACUGAGGGGGUCUCAAGCUGUGGAUUUAAUAAAGUCAUUUGAAAAAGUGUUUUACAUUCAAAAGACAUUACCUUUUGAGACAAGAUAAAUCUGCAAAUUAAUCCUGAAAAACAGAAACUGAGGCAUGUCUGGUUUGGGAAGAAUUGAAGAGAAAUUACUUAUUUCAAA